AUGCUUUUAAAGGAGCUGUGGUGUCUGCUGGCUUGCCUGAUGUGUGCCGCGCUCGCUCAAGCGAUCCGCAGGGACAGAGCCUCCGACAGAGAACCCAUCCAGUGUGGAAUGGAAAUAUCCAGUACAGCAACUAAAAAUGGAACUUUUACAAGCUUAAACUAUCCAGAGCCAUAUCCCAAGUCUCUUCACUGCGUGUACACUUUCGUGGGACAAGUUGGAGAGCGGGUACAAAUCGCGUUUACAGAUUUUGACCUACACUUGCCACAUGAACAAAACAGGAACUGCGAUUCCUUUGACGCAGUUAUGGUCUUCAUCACUAUCAACGGCCGCAGGGAAAGAUUGGAGAACUUCUGUGGGAACAAGCUACCAGAGCAACUUAUGUCCAACGGUCCAUCGAUGAUUGUGGAAUUCAGAAGCUACCAUUCCUCCCAAGAAGUGAAAGGUUUCAGAGCCAUUUAUAGAUUUGUGAAAGUAUUUUCCAUUUCAGGCUGCGAGUUCACUUUCCUGAGCGAAGAGCGUAGCAACGGCACUUUCAGCUCGCCGAACUACCCGGGCUUUUACCCCAGGGAAACAGAAUGUACUUACAUAUUUCAAGGCAAAGAAAAAGAAAGGGUGCAGAUCACAUUUACGUCUUUUGAUGUCGAUGGCGUAUAUCCUUGUGAACAAGAAACUGCAAGUGAUUACGUCGAGUUUUCAAACUUCAAAACAACAGACCGUAAAAUGUCUCGAAUCUGUGGUAACGAAAAGAAAGCCAAAUACGUUGAAUCGGAAACGGGAUACUUUCGGAUCGUCUUCAAGUCCAAUGAAAAGUUCGAUGGAACGGGAUUUGAAGCCUUUUACCAGUUCAAAAAACAAGAAGAUCCAUCCACAGUAAAGAGGAUAUCUAUAACUUCUGCCAAUAACUCCUCUGUUGGUAAUCCUCUGAGAAUGGAUGCUGCAGUUUUCUACAUCCUGCCUGCUCUAUUAUAUGCCUCUUACUACCUGAGGUUCUGA